AUGUACAGGAUAUCAUUGGCAAUGCACACGAAAACUGGUUUACAGAUGGUUCCAAGACUGCAUACGGAACUGAAAAGCUUGCUACUGUCUGAAACUUUAGCCAUAUUGGCUUGUGUAAAUAACUGCCUAGAUCGAAGCAUAAGCGGGAAGGUUAUCAGAAUCAUCUCUGAUAGCCAAGCUGUGUUGAAAGCUCUCCAUCGAGACUGCUUCUCUACCAAAACUGUUUGGGAGUGCCAUAAUGCACUGAAUGGAAAUUUAAAGAGGCAUUUCAGGACACAUACUAAAGAAAAUCCGUAUUCUUGUGAAAUUUGUAACAAGUCAUUUAAUACAAGUCUAAGGAAGCAUUUGAGGACACACACUAAAGAAAAACCUUAUUCUUGUGAAAUUUGUAACAAGUCAUUUUCUGAGAGCAAGAUGCCUACAGUGUACAAAAGGAAAAAAACUGGAGCAGCUCGUGAGACCUGGACAGAAGACAAUUUAAAAGAGGCUCUAAGGAGGCUAGAAGCAGGAGAAAUUGGUGUCAAUGAAGCUGCUAGAUACUAUGGAAUUCCUUCUCGGACACUUCGUCGUCGAAGAAAAACAGGCAACAAUAUCAAAACAAGCUCUUUAGGACCACAAGGAGUGUUUGGAGUUGAAAACGAAAAACGUCUCGUCAAGCACAUCCAACGUUUAGAAAAAUGUGGAUUUGCACCUGACAAAGAUACAAUUAGAACACUUGCUUUUCAGUUUGCUGAAAAGCUAGGUCUCAAUCAUCGAUUUAAUUUAGAAUCAAGAAUGGCUGGACAACAAUGA